AUGGCGCGUCUCUUGAAAGCCGUCGCUGCUAGCGCCCUCCUUCUGGGUUCCGCUUCCGCUAUCGACCGUGAGCCUCACCAGCCUGUCGGAGGUGGUGAUCAUAUUGUUACCUGGAACGAGACCGUCGUAUCGCCCCGCUUCGGUGCCAGCUCCCGCUCCGUCAGCUGGCUCUCAGGUGCCGAGGAUGGCCGCUUCAUCUACCUUUCCGAUGCUGAGGAUUUCAUCAUUGAGGACAUCGUUACUGGCGCCAACGAGACUUUCGUUUCCGCCGACAAGGCUCCAGAGGGCUACGCCGACUACUGGAUCCGCCCCGACCAGAAGAAGGUUCUUUUCGCCACCAACACAACCAAGCAGUACCGCCACUCGUACUUUGCCGAUUACUCCAUCCUUGAUGUCGAGUCCGGCGUUACUGUGCCGCUGGUGGACGAUCAGGUGGGCGACAUUCAGUACGCUGAAUUUUCGCCGGUCGGCGAUGCCAUUGCGUUUGUCCGAGGCAACAACCUCUACCUGAGCAAGAAUGGCACAAUCUCCCAGAUCACAAAGGACGGCGGUCCCGAUCUUUUCCAUGGUGUUCCUGACUGGGUGUACGAGGAGGAAAUCUUCGGCAGCCGCAGCACCUUUUGGUUCUCCCCAGACGGCAAAUAUGUCGCCUAUCUCAGCUUCAACGAGACUGGUGUCGAGACCUUCACUAUCCCCUACUUUAUGGGUGGCAACAAGAUCGCUCCUCCCUACCCCGUUGAGCUGGAUCUGCGUUACCCCAAGGUCGGCAGCAAGAACCCGACCGUCCAGCUGACUCUUUUGGACGUCGAGACUGAGGACAUCACUCCAGUUGCCAUUGAUGCUUUCCCCAUUGAUGAUCUCGUCGUUGGCGAGCUGAAAUGGGUUACCGACAAGCACGCCAGCUUCGUCUACCGCGCUUUCAACCGCGUCCAGGAUCAGGAGAAGAUUGUCCGCGUCGAUGUUGAGGGUGUUGCCUCAAAGACCAUUCGCGAACGCGAUGGCUCCGACGGCUGGCUCGACAACAACCAGGGCAUUGAGUACCUCGGCCCCCUCCAAAACACCACUGAAGCGUACUACCUCGACCUCUCUGACGUCUCCGGCUGGAACCACCUCUACCUCUACCCCGUCAACGGUGGCAAUGCUAUUGCCUUGACCAGCGGCGAGUGGGAGGUCACCGCCGUUCUCAAGAUCGACACCGAGCGCCGCCUCAUCUACUACCUCUCCACGGAGCAUCACAGCACGGAGCGCCAUCUCUACUCUGUGUCUUAUCCCUCGGGCACCAAGAAGGCCCUGGUUGACGACACCGUCGCCGGCUACUGGAGCGCCUCAUUCUCCGCCUCUGGAGGCUACUACAUCCUCACCUACCAGGGCCCCAACGUCCCCUACCAAGAGCUCUACUCUGUCAACUCCACCGAGCCUCUCCGAACCAUCACCAGCAACGAGGCCCUCGUCGCCCGCCUGCAGGAGUACAAGCUCCCCAACAUCACCUACCUUGAGCUCGCACACCCUGACGGUUACAGCCUGAACGUUAUGCAGCGUCUGCCCGCCAACUUUGACCCGUCCAAGAAGUACCCUGCCCUCUUCACACCCUAUGGAGGUCCUGGUGCCCAAGAGGUCACGAAGCGAUACCAGUCCAUCAACUGGCGUGCUUUCAUCGCCUCGAACCCCGAGCUCGAGUAUAUCACUUACACGGUGGACAACCGCGGCACAGGCUACAAGGGCCGCGCUUUCCGUUCCACCGUCGCUGGCCAUCUCGGCCGCCUCGAGCCCGUCGACCAGAUCUGGGCUGCCGAGGAGCUGUCCUCCAAGAAAUCCUUUAUUGACGCCGAGAAGAUUGGCAUCUUUGGCUGGUCCUACGGCGGAUACCUCGCCGCCAAGGUUGUCGAGCAGGACUCUGGAGUUUUCUCCUCCGCACUCAUCGUCGCUCCCGUGAGCGACUGGCGCUUCUACGACUCGCUCUACACCGAGCGCUACAUGAAGACCCUAGACGCGAACGAGGAGGGCUACAAUGAGACGGCCGUGCGCAAGGCCGACGGCUUCAAGAAUAUUGCCGGCGAGUUCACUAUCCUGCACGGCACCGGCGACGACAACGUGCACUACCAGAACGCCGCCGCGCUCAUCGACCUCCUCGUCAGCGCGGGAGUGCCCAACACCAAGAUGAACUGGCUGACCUUCACCGACAGCGACCACAGCAUCGUGUACAACGGAGCCAGCAUCUGGCUGUACAAGUACCUUACUGAGGCGUUAUUCCGGGAGAAGAAGCGCUCUGGAGACCGGUUGGUGCACCAAUGGAGCAAGAAGAGCUUGGAGGAGACCAAGUUUGACUUUGAGCUUGCGUAG